UGUUUACAGGCCCUGAAUUACUCCAAUUCAGCCAUAGUUUGCUGGUGGUUGUGUUAAUUUAAUUUCUUUGUGGCUUGCUAACCUAGGACGUGAGGACAAAAUCUGAGGAAAAAUACCUAAUUAAAAUCUCCUCUCCUAAAGGUUGGACAUUUCAUCUGGCACAAUUCUGUGUCAGUAUUUCAAACAAACAAACUGCUGCAAAUCCUGUGAAGACAAAGCUGAAGACACCUCACACUGGAUCCUGAUGGAACCCUCUGUUUCCAUGGAGACAGGAGUCCCAGUGUAUAAACACAGCUCUCCACCAGGAAGUUUUGAGUGCACAGCGUCUGGUUUGCGCUGGGUGUGUGCGGUUGAAGUCUCUCUACAGUAUCACUUUAGUGACCCCCAUGUAUUCAGAGCAGAGCUUGCCAUGUUGCAGUAUGAGCCAAUUGGUCCGUUGAUGGACAUCAAAGUGCUCUCAGGUGAACUGUUGGAGGCUCAUCUGCCCCAUUUUGCCUGUCUGGAAGGUUCAGACUCCUCUCUUAGAGAGGCUGUGAGAGUUCUGCGUGGGGUUGACCGCAGUGUGACUCUAGAGAAAUGUGAACUGACCCGCUUCCACGCAAAGCUCCUCAAGCCCUCCUUCUCACUGACAGAAGUCCUGGUGAAAAUCGGAAUCCCAAUGAAAGCCCAUCUGGAUGUGUUAAUCUACCGGACCAGAGUGACACCCCUGGUUCUCUUCACGUAUAUCGUGCCACGGGAUGCUUCCAUGAUUCAGGCGGUAGAACAGGAUUUACGAGAGUUCCAAGAUAAAAAGAAGAUCAAAAAACAUCGUCCAGACAUAUCCAUUUGGAUGAACAGCAAAUGUAGCCUUAAGGCAUCCUGCCAUGAUUCUAAAACUUCGCCACAACACAUAACUUUUAAAUACAUCAGACCUCCAGACCUGUUUGAGGUGGUCAUUAAAAACGCAGACUGUUUUGAUUUGGAGCUGAUCAGUGAAGGGCAGUCCAUAUGGAAAGCUACACUGGAAAGCUUUGAAUUUGGUGAGACUGGAGAAAUGGAACACAGUCAUGAAAUGCCCUCGGCAGCAUCCAGACAUUCCCAAGUCAUGACCCACAGAGAAGCGGCUUACACAAGCAGAUCUGCCAGGACUGAUGAGGAAAAAGGGAAAAUGGCCUCCAUGUCACAUGAAGAUCAACUGUUCAUGAUUCGUCCUGAUCUCAUCAAGAAAACAUCGGGAGCUCUACUCCGAGAUCUGUUGGAUGAACUUCAAGCUCCGCCUCGUGUGAUAAGCAGCAGGGAGGCAGAAGACGUCCUGCAGAGGACCAGCGUGCUGCAGGACCAGGUGACCUCCCUCAUCGACAUGGUGCUUAAAAAGGGGGACAGAGCAUGUGGCAUCAUGCUCUCCCUCCUAAAAGAACUGGACAGCUACCUUUAUCAAGACCUCGGCCUGUAAAAACAAACCUGUGGCAUCAUGUUCACCCUUCUUAAAGAACUGGACAGCUACCUUUAUCAAGACCUUGGCCUAUAAAAACAAACCUUCCCAUACUGUGCAUGUGAUGACUAUCAAAUUACAUAAUGAUGCAGAAAUGUCCAAUCAUGAAAGACGAUUAAAUAAACCUGUGGGGUUAUAAUAUAAAUUAUUUCACAAAUAAGUAAUGUGCUAGUGUUGUCCUAGUAGGGUUUUUGGUAAUUUGUGCUUUUAUUGAGAGAAUUUGGGUAGAUUUCAACCUGCUACUUUAUCUUAAAACUGUUACCUUACGUACUCUGUGGUGUCAUAACUUAGAUACUGCACAAUUUUCAUACCAGACAGUCUCAAGACCUAUUUCAUGUCUGAAGUCAAGACACAAUAAUUGUCAUCACGUCCAGUUUCCUGGACAUUUGCUUAUGCAUUACUGUGCAAUACAAAUCAGCUGUAUAUAGCAAGGUGUUUGGUGUUCGUGGUGAAAUCCUUUAGUGAGGAGUGACUAUAUAUCACUGUUGUGUUUUAUUUCCCUUCGAUAGCUGUCCCUUGUUUGAUGAGAGAGAAGGAUGUAGCAGCAACGUCAGCUGCUACAUCCACAUCUUAUUUUGACCACAUUCAUCUUACCAUUAAAAAAGUUAGAACUGUCUGGAAGUUUGAGGCUUUGUGUGUUUUAGUUGCAGACAAUAAGUCUGAAACGAGCUCAAGUAUCCACAAAAACUCGUCAGACACAGCAUCAGAAACGGAUUCUGGGAUUGGCUCAUCAAUAUGUGUGGAAGAAUGGAAAGACUGAAGAAAGUCAGAAGAUCAGAUCAUUGUUAAGAUUAAUUGCACAUGAGUUCAUCAUGUCUGUGGCCCCUCAACUAAUGUUGUGAAUAAUGACGUGUUUAGAGAACUGCAAAUAAUCAUGAUUAUGCUUAAUUAUAUCAUAAUUCAUAAUGAUGUGCCUACCGUAUCUAAUGCUUUAGGUGCUGUGUUGUUUAUGUAUGAGGUCACGAAUUAC